CUGCCCGCCUCUUCUCGCGCUCCCCGCUGGCCGCGGCUCUCUCGCGCUCUCCCUGUCUCCUGUCCGCUCCGCCGAGCGAUGCGAGUUCUGGGCCCCGGCGACGCCGCCUCCAGCUAGAGAUCUGCACCCCUCACCCCCGGCCCGGCCCUCUGCCCAGCCCUGCCCUGCGCGCGGGGGUCGGAGAAGGCGCCGCGGACGCACCGACGGCCGAGGAGCGGCGAUGCACAUGCACUAGCGGCACCCCCUAACUCACUCCCUCCACACCCCGCGCCGCCGCCGCCGCCACCGCCUCCGCCUCCGCCUCCUCCUCCGCCUCCGGCAGCCGCGGCAGAAGGACCCACCCUGCCCCCCACCCCACCCUCCGCCGGCUCCGGCUGCGGAUCCAGCCUCGACUCCUAUUUUAUUUAUUUUGGGUCGUGCACUAGUCUCGGUGCCUGCAACCCGCGCCUCCCGGGCCCGCGGGCGCCUCCUCUCUCGGCUCCGGAGCCCCAGACCCCGGCCACCCUCACCUCGACACCCCCAGACCCCAGCCAGCCGCCGCUAAUCUUCGCCGCUGGAAUCUUGAUAGAGGCUGUCCUUUUGGGGGGAUUCUGGUCUUUCGACAAUUUUGUUCCCAACCAAGGAAAGGAUAUCGUGAUUUUCUCCCCUUUGAGCCCAGGCUCUGCUCUGUGGGGGGGUGGGGGGCGCGCCGACCCGAGGAGUCGUGCCAGCCGAGUCGUGCGGGCUGUGGCAGGGAAGGGGCCACCAUGGGAUGUACUCUGAGCGCAGAGGAGAGAGCCGCCCUCGAGCGGAGCAAGGCGAUUGAGAAAAAUCUCAAAGAAGAUGGCAUCAGCGCCGCCAAAGACGUGAAAUUACUCCUGCUGGGGGCUGGAGAAUCAGGAAAAAGCACCAUUGUGAAGCAGAUGAAGAUCAUCCAUGAAGAUGGCUUCUCUGGAGAAGACGUAAAGCAGUACAAGCCUGUCGUCUACAGCAACACCAUCCAGUCUCUGGCAGCCAUUGUGCGGGCCAUGGAUACUCUGGGCGUGGAGUAUGGUGACAAGGAGAGGAAGGCAGACUCCAAGAUGGUGUGUGACGUGGUGAGUCGCAUGGAGGACACUGAACCAUUCUCUGCAGAACUGCUUUCUGCCAUGAUGCGACUCUGGGGCGACUCGGGGAUCCAGGAGUGCUUCAACCGAUCUCGGGAGUAUCAGCUCAACGACUCUGCCAAAUACUACCUGGACAGCUUGGAUCGGAUUGGAGCCGCUGACUACCAGCCCACCGAGCAGGACAUCCUCCGAACCAGGGUCAAAACAACUGGCAUCGUAGAAACCCACUUCACCUUCAAGAACCUCCACUUCAGGCUGUUUGACGUUGGGGGCCAGCGAUCUGAACGUAAGAAGUGGAUCCACUGCUUCGAGGAUGUCACGGCCAUCAUCUUCUGUGUCGCACUCAGCGGCUAUGACCAGGUGCUCCACGAGGACGAAACCACGAACCGCAUGCAUGAGUCUCUGAAGCUUUUUGACAGCAUCUGCAACAACAAGUGGUUCACAGACACUUCGAUCAUCCUGUUUCUCAACAAGAAGGACAUAUUUGAGGAGAAGAUCAAGAAGUCCCCACUCACCAUCUGCUUCCCUGAAUACACAGGCCCCAGUGCCUUCACAGAAGCUGUGGCUCAUAUCCAAGGGCAGUAUGAGAGUAAGAAUAAGUCAGCUCACAAGGAGGUCUACAGCCAUGUCACCUGUGCCACGGACACCAACAACAUCCAGUUCGUCUUUGAUGCCGUGACAGAUGUCAUCAUCGCCAAAAACCUGCGGGGCUGUGGCCUCUACUGAGCCCUGGCCUCCCACCCAGCCUGCCACUCACUCCUCCCCUGGACCCAGAGCUCUGCCGCCGCUCAGAUGCCCUAUUCAGUGAAGAAAACCCCAGAGGCUGGCCUGGGGGGCAGCAGGAGGCAUCCUCUGAGCGUCCCAACUCCAACUGCAUGACACGUGGGAAGAGGGUUGGGCAGAGGCAUGGAGCACACACCACAAGGCCAGAGACCACUCAUGCCACCUGGGUGCUGCUCACUGGUCAGCUGCGUCUCUUACUCAGAGGCCGGGUGGGCAGCACUGCCAUCUGGUUCAGAAUGGGCAUGUCCUGUUCUCUGCACCUCCUGCUCGGUGUCCUGGUGAUAGGGUGGCCGGCAGAGUGGCCCGCGGCAGGCGCUGCUUGGUCAGGAGAUAGUUGAUGCUUUCCUUAGGGUCUGUUUGGUAGAGGGCGGUUCCGUCGACAAAAGCCAACAUGGAGUCAGGCCACUUUUGGGGUGCAAAGACUCAGACCUUGGGGAGGGGUUCUCUCCUCCUUCACCUUGGAUCUUGGCCCUUCUCUGGUCAUCUUCCCUUGCCCUUGGGCUCCCCAGGAUACUCAGCCCUGACUCCCACGGGACUGGGAAUAUUCCUUAAAACUGGCUGACUGCAAAGGGGUGUUGGUGGAGUAACAGUCCUGCGCCACAGAAGGGGAGGGCUUGAGGGGCAGGCAGCUCUUUCCUGAUAGGCUAAUGGUGAGCCCUGAGAAUGCCAUCUGCUGCAUCUACUCACACAGGCUCAGCUGCCCUGGGCGGCAGUGAGUAGACAGGCCACAGGCUUCAGGUCACAGACAGAGCAGGCAGCAGCCUUGCCACUGGAGAGUGUGUAGGCAGAAGCAUAGGAAACUUAGGAGCCAGCUCUGAAGCCAGAACCCUGCUUUACUCCACCCUUGGUCAGGAAGUAGAAAGCCCAUGGUAUAUUCCUGGUCUCGGGGCAAGCAGUGAGCCAGCACCCUGAAGGGUGGGCUCAGGAGAAGUGUAAACCACAGACACACGGCUAGCCCCUGGGUUGGUGAGAGCCCUAGGAACCCAGGGACGGGCUUUACUUCAGAGAUUCCCCAGCAGAAAAGGGUGGUGUGGUUCUUAGCAACCCUAGCCUCAGCUGACUUUGGACAGCCAGCACAUGUCCCUGCCACUCCUAGACAUCUCCAGUCAGCUGGUACAGCCAGUGGGUGGGACGGGCUUGAAUGCUCAAUGGCAGGCUGUACUGAAGGAUGUAGAUGUGCAGUCAAGAAAGGUCCCUGCCUCCUCAAGCCCUGUAUUUUCCUGGCCUUCACUCUGAGUCCUGCUCUGUCACAGGGCAGGCAGGACCCUGGCCCUCUUUCAUAGUCCCCAUGUCCUUGCCACCAGCUCUGGACUUGUUGGUUCCAACAAGAACAGAACUCUGGGUGGUCUAGGGAGACACAAGGACCUUCCCCAGUGCCAAAGCUUAUCGGGGUAAUCCUCUGGGGAGCUCACCCCAGUCUGGGUGACCCUUUGAGGAGUCCACCCCAGUCUGAGUGAUCCUCUGGGGAGCUUACCCCAGUCUGGUUGCCUCGCCCUUCCCUCUCCACCCAUAUUUGCCUCCACUGUAUAUAUCCCUGUCAUCUUAGGACCCUGUGCCAUGUACAAGGGGUGACAGAAGAGCCUGGAGACCGCAGUCUCAGUGAUCUGUUGUGAUGGCGAAGGCCAAUUCAGUCCUUGGACCAACAGCAGCACCCCUGGGUGUGGCCACCCGUCUACAGACUGUAACCCCAAGUUUAAAAGCACCUGCUGUCAGGGGAUCUUAGCCAAGCCCCAUUCUUUAAGAUCACUUCCAGGAAGGGAGACGUCACCACCCCUAAGUACUCCCCUACAGCUUCCCAUCCCCCGUGCGGCCCCUCCAGAUCACUGCAGCUCAGCUGCGGGAGCCCUCGGCUAGAACCGGGGCCUGUACCCAGCCCUCCCGCUCCUGUCUCCAGGGCUGCCUUCUCCCCCACCUACUGUGUUCAGCCUAGUGCCGUGCUCGCCCUUAGUGCUCAGAGCUGUCUACUUGAAGCCUCAAGAAUGUGGUCCAUAGGGAAAGCUGGCCUGCCUCCCACCCAUGUCAUCACCAGCAGCUCUACCAUGGGGGACAAAUGCGUGUGGCAGAUGAAUCUUGGCGCCGCCGUGGCUUUGGGGAUGGGGGAAGUGUUGAAAGUGACCAGAUCAAGGGAAUGUGCAGUGGCGGUGUCCCCCGAGGGCCCAUGCUAGUUUCUGAGUCAGCAGGCCAGGUGGAAGCCAGUUUCUAGGAAGAGUGUCUUCUCCACAUUCAGAGAACUGUGCCUGUUGCCUAGGUGCCUGUGGCCAAGUCCUGUGCCCUGUGCCCAUGUCCAUUCCAAGAAUCUUCCCUUUAAGCAUAGGCAGAGGCCUCUGAGCUGUGGAGAGUGCUGCUGGGCUCUGUACGGGGGCGGGAAUGGAAUCCUCCCAUUCCGAGCCACUCAUUAGUAGUAUUGGCCUUCAGCCUUUCUCGAUCCCUUCGGUGGAUGGAGCCCCUAGAUCCUGGCGCCCUGUCCCCUAGUCCCCUCUUGUGUGCCAUGCAGAAGAUCUCCAUCGUCUCAGCCUCGAAGCCAGGCCCACAUACUGUGGGGGCUGGAGGCUCCUGACCUGUGUGGUCUGCACUGGGUAGCACUGAGUGCCCUGUUCAACCCCAUCCCCAGGAUGUCCACAGAGGUUGACAGUGCUUCACUCCGACCCUUGCCUCCUGCAGAGAAUACUGCCACAGAGGUGUGCCUGUGAUUCCCACGUACUGCAUGCUAUAGCCAGUGAGACCAGGGUGCACGCUCCUGACCUCCUCCCCUUCAUCUGACCCAGGCUCUUGACAUGGAGAUCCACUACACCCAGGAGAGACCCUUCCAGAUCUUCCCUCCUGACCCAGUAGUAGCCUGUCACCCUCUUCUAAAGAUCCUGAGGGCACAGAGCAUUUUCCAGCUGCCACCCCUCUUUUCUGGGCCUCCUGGUAAGCUCCAGGUGUGUGGCUUCCAGGAACCCAGUCCUGAGGCUCCAGCUCCAUUGUAUCUGAGGCACUGAGACAAGCACCCUCCAAGGUGGUAAUCCCAUCAAGGUACAAGCUAAAGAAAGUUCCAGCAUCCCAAAGGACAGGGCCAGGGCUGUAAUCAGGCUUCCCCACACCCCACCGCCCAGUAAGGAGAGCCUUGUACACAUCUGCUUAGAGAGCGGGGCUCAGCCUCACAGACAUCCCCCACCCCCUGUGCCAGAUUAUGGCCAUGUCAAAGAGGGAGCCGGAAGAAAACCAGAAUUUAUGGCCCCCACUCAAAAGUCCUGGGCCUCUAGGCAGAGUGCUCUACCCUCUGACAGACACAAAAGGCCACUAACAGAAACAGCACCCUUCCCAGCAACCCUCAUGUCCUCCUCCCGCCCGUCCCCUCAGCCUCCUGCACCAGCCACAGUUGCCUGCCCAGCAUGGACAGCAGCUGUACACUUCCUGUGUUCUCCCUGACUUCCGACUUGACCCCUGUGGCCUAUGCGCACACACCCUCAAGUCCCAGGCCAGAGGCUGGGCACCCUACGUUCCCCUUAGCAGCCUUGGGUGUACCAACCCCACCCCCUGACCCACCGCCAUCACCUACCCUCACCUCAUUAACUGUAAUUUUGUAAGAAGAGUGACUUGCUGGUUAAUAAAUACCUAGUUAUUGUAAUAAUUUAUUGGCUGCCAUAAUGUAUUUAUUAGUAACCCACCAUUAAUAAAAAGUGCCAGCUCUUUCUA